AUGCAGCUGGACGGCUCCUACUGGCUGUGCAGGCGAGGCGCUGGGGCCGGAGACGCCGGCCUGGCCGCCUCUCCCGGGCCUGCGAUGAGCGUCCCGGCCGUGCCCCGGCACCUGCAGCUGCCCCCGAGCCAGAGGAGCCAGCCCGCCUUCAGAGUGCGGCCUCCUAUCAGAAGCCACCACGCUAACACGCAGGACAGGGGGGAGCAAGGCAUCAGUAGAACCUCCGCCAGUGUUACCGUUCGGAAGGGGCCUGGAAAUACAGAAUUAGCUCAGGUGAAACCCCAUCUGUCUAGUGUCAGACCCAGUGCUUCUCAGGACAUGAGAAGAAACCAGGCAUCCUCAAGAAACGCAGCAUGUGACAUCCUAGCCAGGCCUGCCUCCUCUUCUAAGGUCAAACUGUUGGAAAAGUCAAAACCCACCAACCAGCGAAGACAUACUAUAGUAGCGAAGACCAGUGCCAAUAGUAAACCAGCUCAGCCCACAGAAACUGCAGAGCAGAGGAGAGCCCGUCUGACUGAGUGGAAAGCCGACAAAGGCAGGGUGCUGAAGAAGCCUCCGAGCUCCGUGGUGACGCAGCCCGAGCCUGAGGGGCAGAAUGGAAACCCAGUGGGGUCCUUCUGGACGACCAUGGCCGAAGAAGACGAGCAAAGACUGUUCACUGAGAAAGUAAACAAGACGUUUUCUGAGUGCCUGAACCUGAUUAGUGAGGAAUGUCCCAAAGAAGAAAUAUUGGUCACACUCAAUGACCUGAUUAAAAAUAUUCCAGAUGCCACGAAACUUGUUAAGUAUUGGGUGUGCCUUGCACGUCUAGAACCAAUCACAAGUCCGAUUGAAAACAUUAUUGCUAUCUACGAGAAGGCCAUCCUGGCAGGGGCUCAGCCUAUUGAAGAGAUGCGACGUGUAAUUGCAGAUAUUCUAACAGUGAAGAGUCAAGAAAAAGUUCAUUUGGGAGAAAACAGUGAGGCUACCUGUGCGACAAAGACACACGGUCAGGACGUCAACACUGAAGACCACGGGGUUCACCUCGAACCUGGAAACCAGAAAAUGGAAACCAAACAUCAUAAAAGUGUGGGCUUUCAUGGUUGUGAAAAAGAGCAAGAAGAUGCAACAACAGAGCCAGCCAGUGCCGAGAAAACACCCAGGAACGAAUCUCGGGACAGUUGUAUGAUUAAAUAUAAUGUGUCUACCACCCCAUACUUACAAAGUGUCAAAAACAAGAUGUUGUUUGAUGAAACCAAUUCGAUAUUUAAAGAGCUCAAGUUUCUAACACCAGUGAGACGGUCCCGGCGGCUUCAAGAGAAGAUCUCAAAGUUGCCAGAGAUGCUGAAAGACCAUUAUCCUUGUGUGUCUUCAUUAGAACAGUUAACCGAGUUGGGAAGCAACACCGAUGCCUUCGUGUGCCGCCCGAAUGCAGCCCUGGGCCCGAUGGAGGCCACAGAGGAGAAGUCCAACUGAUAAGGGACGAUGGGCUUUUCUUCU